AUGUCCGAUCCGAGCGCCGAACUCCAAUCCACACUCCGCAACCUAUCCAUAGGCGAAAAGGGCCCAGUGCAAGAUGUCCACCGACCAAACGUGAAAGGUAUCACAAAUUCAACGUCCACAACUCCGACCCCUAAACCAAAGCCCAAGAAAGCCCGUGAGCCUGUCGCAGAUUCCUGGGAAGACGAAGCAGAGCUCUCCGUCUCGGAUGCAGAAGAUGCCCAAUCCCGCGAUCAAGACGCUACCCAGGUCCUCUCGCCAACCAACAGCACUGAGGACCCGCUAGGUCCGCCGCCGACGCCCAUCUCGCCGCAGACCUCGAACCCGUGGAAUGCGCGGCCUGCGACUUCGGCACGAGAGCCGCCGGCCCGGCGGCCGGAGAAGCAGACUGCUGUUGCGGAGCGCUUGAUUGCUGGUGCGUUGGGGAUCCGGGCGCCAAAGAGGACGGAGCAGCAGAGGGCUUAUGAUCGGUCGGUCAAGGAGCAGGAAAUUAAGAGGCGGAAUCGGGAGCGUGAAGAGAAGGCUAAAGCUAAGGAGGAGGAGGAAAAGGCUAAGGCGUCUAUUUGGAACAGUUAG